UUCCCAGGCACAGAUUUUAUAAAUAGUGUAUGAACCAAUCGACGGUGUUGCAAUGUUUUGAAACGUAUUAUGAGUCAUCUCCUCACAUUCUUCUCUCCAAUAAUUAUUACUUCCACGUCAUUCAGAGGCUAUCUCCUGGAAGCAGUGACACAGGUCCUAAAUGAAGACAAGCUGUAGCUGAGGAGACCGAAGAGACCGGGCAUGACUAAAGGGACGUGAGACAUUGAUCUGUUAGUGUUACAGCAAGCAUAGCAAACUUCUAUCAUGGCUGAGGAAGAUCACCAAGGUUCCUUGAGAGAUGAAAUGGAAGAUCUUCAGUUGGAGAAUUUAGUCAUGUCUGAUCAACCACAAGAGCCUAUACAGUCCGGACCUGAAGGCACUGCUACACUAGAUGUCCAAGAAAAUGUAAGCGCCUCUGAAACAAAAGAAAAUGAAGAUAACACUCCUGCAGAACUUCAUCAAGGUGGAAUUAUGUGGCAUAUUCCAGGAGAACUUGAGAAAUUUCCAGAACAUCCUGUGGAGGAAACUCUAGAGGAUCCAAAUACUUCCGAAACAAGAAAAAAUGAAGGUAACACACCUGUAGAACUUGAUCCAGAUGGAAUUAUGGAGAACAUUCCAGGAGAACUUGAGGAGAAAAUUCCAGAACAUCCUACUGAGGAAACUCUAGAAGACAAUGAAGAUGACCCACCUUUUAAACCUGAUAACAGGGACAUUGAGGGCAAUUCCGAUGUGGUAGAAGGAACUGACGAAGACACAAGCUUAGAUGGUAGGACGUCCGCUGGCAGUGGUCAGGGAGACAGUUGGACACUGCUCUCCCUUCCCGGAGAGCUACUCCUAAAGGUCUUUGACUUCCUGGAUGCAAGACUUGUCAUCAGAGAGGUGGGCCCGGUCUGUAAGAUGUUUCAUGAGAUCGUCUCGGAUAAUCUGGAAUGGAAGGUGCGAUUCAAGAAGCGAUGGAGAGGCGUGUACCCUGUAGUGCCAGUUGAAGACGAUGACUUCAACUGGAAGCUGGCUUGCAUUGAGAGAGAAGAAACACAUCAACGUUGGGCCAGACAAGAAACCAGCAUGGAUCACUUCUCACUCACCAUGGCUCAUAUAGCUGCCAUUGAUUGUGUACAUCUUAUGAAUAAUGGAGAGCUGUGUGCUACAGGAUCUCGAGAUCGAACCUUUCAGAUGUGGGACCUGAGCAAACUCGAUGCUAACAAUCCUGAGAAGUCCGUCAAAGAUGCUAGGACCAAAGAUGUUAAAGCUCACAAGGGCUGGGUUUGGGACAUCACAUCAUUAGAUCAUCUCAUGUGCACGGCAUCCUGGGAUUGCUGGUUGAAAUUAUGGGAUAUCAACGAUGACAUGAAGUGUGUUCAUUCAAUGAAGGGUAAAACAGCAUUCUUGAGUUUGGUGUACCAACGUGAUUUGAUCAUAGCUGGGGCAUAUGACAGAAGCGUAUAUCUCUUCGAUCCAAGAGUGAAUGAGAACAGCCUUGUUGCCCAGCUAGUUAAUCACAAACGUCCAGUCCUUACCGUCCAGGCCGAUGACCAUUACAUCAUCUCAGGCAGCGAAGACAAGACCAUCGCUAUCUUUGACCGCCGAGCCAACUCUGUAUACAAGAAACUGAAUCUGGACAGCUUUUGCAUGUGCAUGUCAUACCAGCACGGUCAGAUCUGGACCGGUCAUCGGGACGGCAAAGUCCGCGUCAUUGACCCCACCCAUGGCAGCUUCGACAUCAUCCAGACGUACGACGUCGGUCACAAGGGUAAGAUCACCGACAUCAUGUACACCACGGGGGCGCUCUACACGUGCUCCAUGGAUUCCACCAUUAGGAUCAGUGACCCGAACCACAACCCCGAGACGAUGUGCAAGCUCACGACGCACACGCGUGAUCUGACCGCGAUGGAUUUACAGUGCGGGGUUCUGGCGAGUGCGAGCAGCGAUCUCACGGCGGGUAUAUGGAGACCCAAGCAGGAUGCGGUCGUGGAAGAAUUUGAGUCGUAUUGAUAGCUCACAGGCAUGGCUGGCAUUUUUACAAAUCCAUUCUAUAGCUCUGUCUAUCUAGAAUUUCUAUUCUGAGGCGCAAUUAUUAUCCCGGCUUUAGCCUAGCUGCCAUUACAGCGCUCCAACAUGUCAAGGAACUAAUUCCUGCCAGGUACCCACUUACCUCACCUGGGUCGAGUGUGGCAAAUGAAGAUUAAUGCCUUGCCAAAGGACAUAAUCUGUUGAGAAGCAGAAAGGCGUUAACUCUGUAUAUAAAGUAUUUGAAUCAAUGCCCCUUGCUGUCAUCAGACGAAAUGUUCCACAUAUAUUAAUGGAUGAAUAUCAAAUAUAAUAGAAAGAGAGUGUAAUGGGGGUGUGAUUUGUCAAAAUGCAUAGGAAUAUACUUCAGGUACCGUUCGUUUUUUCUCUCCAUUCCAUCAGACAUCAUAUUCUAGUAUUACAUUUAUUACAAGAUCUUAAAAUGUAUAAAUUGUUUUUUGAUUAUUAACAAAAAAAAUCAUUAUGGUAUUAUCUAAAUUCAGUAACCUGCAGUUGUGAGGUAGCUUUGAGGGUUUCUGUGGUAGUGAGAAACCAUUUUGGAUCGCUGUGUAUGGUUUAAAGCUAUUGUAAUUGAAUUCAAAUGCUGAAAUUUGAUUGAAGUGGCAUAUGUACGUCCUUGUCUGUGCAAAUGAAAUUUCAAGUGUGAAAGAGUAUCUCAAGAGUGAUUGCUGCCAGUAUACCUGUUCUGUACACAACUAGCAUGCUUAUUCCUGUGUGCUGCACUGUGUCUACCUCUAUUGUUGUCAUGGCAUGUGACACAGCUGGAAUUUUAUUUAUGAUGUAAGAGAUAAUUAAGUUCAGAUGAUAUAGGAUUUGUCAAUUGCAACUGGUAUGUUGUGCUGGGUAAAAGUAUGAUAAAGCUGAACUUGUGGUAUAUGCAUUAAAGCUUGUUGUGUGUAGAUAAUCAAUAUUUGUUCCAAUUCAGAGGUUCAGUAAUCUCUGCCCCCAAAUGCACUCCUGCACAUUGUUUGCAUUGUUUAAUGCAAUUUUAAUCAGAGAAGCCUCUUACAUAUCUGGGGAGUAUUUCACAAAGACUAAGAUCGACUUUAAGUUGGACUUAACUAUGGCAGGCCGUACAUGCCACUGUUUGCUCUCACCAUUAUGAUCUUUAGAUAAUAUUUUUUCCUUCAAUAAUGAAUUAUUAACAAAUCUAAAUUUAGUAGAUUUGUGACAAUGAUUUGUAGUGUACGUCCCUUGAGAGACCAUUGCCAGUAAAUGGUGAGAGCAAACAGUGGCAUGAACAGCCUGCCAUAGUUAAGUCCACCGUAAAGUCGAUCUUAGUUUCUGUGAACCCCCCCCCCCCCUCCUGUUGUCUUUUCUGAGCCAACAGGGUGUUAACUCCAUCCUCUCACAUAGAGUAAUCGCCCUUCAGUCUCUUAAUAGAGGAUGUGCAUAAAGCAUACACAUGUAUGCUAACUAUAACAUUCCAGCUUUGAAUCAGUGAAAAAUUUGCUUACCAGUAAAUUUUUAUGCAUCCAACAAAGUAAGGCCUAAAAAAAA